CUCUGUCAGAAUAAGUGCAAUUUGUGCUCUUAUAGAAUUUUACGCAACAGUUAGCGCCCGUCUGUUCUUUUAUCAUUCCAAGAUGAAAAAACUAUGAAAUCUAUGUUAUAGUGGUAAAGCUUUCCCUGUGGAUGUGAAGUGUCUGGCGGAAAGAAAUUGUUCAAAGAAUUAUAGUCAUGUAACCAGUGAAUGCCAGCCAGUAAAGUCAAACCUCUGAAUAAUUUGCCAAGAUGGAAACCACUGAUGUGAGAAAGAAUUUUAUCUUAACAACAACAGGGAAUUACUUCAGUGUCCCAUUGUCCGAGCCCUCUUUGAAUGCCUUGGUCGAUGAUCCUAGUCUCAAUAACUUCCUUGAUUCGGGUAGUUGUCAGCUCCUUGGGGCUCAGUUGAUGCCAGAUGAAGGCCGUAUCAUUUUCAAUACCAAGGUUGAUUCUCCAUCCACGAAGGAUAAGUUACUAGUGUUCUUCAAAAUAAAACCGGAUGUGAUCACGGCUGACAAUUUGGCAGAUGUAUUUGUCUCAUCUAUGAUUGAUUCACCAAUAUCUUCACUUUAUCACUCUCUUCAGACUCUCUAUGCUCCAAUAUUACUAAAGGAUUCAGAAUGGAGUGGGACAUUGGACCCCAGGCUGCAGUCUCUGGUGACAGAGCUCUCGGAAGGACUUGGGAGCAUGUUACGCAAACAGUCUUCAGUAGGGGCAUCAGAUAAGGGAGCCACAUCAUCACAUUUAGCAGGAAUUCUGAAUGUGAAGGAUGAAACCCAGUACUGGGCUGAGAUAGCAAACAACCCUAAGAAUCGAGAUGAAAAGGAAAUGGCUCAGGGCUUUUACAAUUGUCUUGAUCCAAUUGCAAAAGAAUUCAGUGGGUUGGAUGCUGUGUCUCUCCUAGAUGCUGAAGAUAUUUUGGAAAAUACCCAUAACUUGUUGGAUGAAUUGUGGAGGCUAGACUACCCACAGUCUCGUAUGGAGCACCUUCUGGAUAUAAUAGCAAAUCAGAUCACACGUUAUGUCCAGGGAAAGCUAAGUGAAGAAGAUCUGUGGGGUGGACAGUUUGCACAGAUAGAGAAGAACCUGUCAGAAGGCAUUACACUGUGUGAUAAAUGGGUGGACAGCUGCAGCAAGCUCACUGGCAUAUUUUGGAAGAGUGGUGUGGAUCAGAUGUGGGAAAAUGAUGUAUUUGUCCCUGAAUACUGCAAGAAUGUUUCAAAACGCCUGAAUGAAAUUCUAAGUCUCCGGACUCUGCACAAACAGUUGACCAGACUCUUGUCCAUUAGUGAACAGGAGGAGCUGAAAACAGCUGAUUCAUUCAAGCCAUUUGCAGGGUUAAAACCUGUUCAGUAUAACCCUUACACAGAACCUUUAUGGCAAGCAGCAGUACGUCAAUUUGAAAAUUCCCUCAAGCCAGCUGAGCAGAGGAUUGCUGGUAAAUUGAGAGCUCAGCUUAGAAACAUGAAUUCAAGUGCCUAUCAACUAAUGCAAGAGUUCAAGAGGUACAAAGAAUUGAUCAAACGUGAAAGCAUACAGAAAGAACUUCUUUCUGAGAGAGAAAUGUUACUCAGUGAACUCAGCACUUAUAUCCGCACAAUUAGUUCCGAUUUCAGUAGCACAGCCGUUAAUGGACCAAGACGUUUAGCAAAUGUGCCUGAGGUUGUUAGCAACAUUUAUUGGGUCAAACCUAUUCAUGCAAAAGUGCUGGACAUUGGUAAGACAGCUGAUGCACUGCUUAAUGACCUUAAUGGCUACGAUGACCUGAAGCGAAACAUUGGAGAAUUCUGCGAGGAACUUGAUGACUAUCAUAAUGACCAGUUUGAUUCUUGGUCUCGAGAGAUGCUGCAGAGGAUUGAGUCGGAGGAGCUGAGCCUUGCCACAGACUCCCCAGUGUUGUCGUUCAGCAGCAGCCGAUUGCUACGUGUGAAUUACAACCCACGACUUGUUGGCUUAGUGAGGGAAGUCAGUCAACUAUCUAUUCUAGGUCACAAGAUACAUCCUGACAUAAUUAAGACGGCAAAACUUGCUCAGAAGUUUAUGAAGCAGGCAAAAUCACUUGAAGAGAUUGCCAACUUCCACAAUACAAUAGGUGACCAGAUGAUCCCGUCUCAGCGAGCAAUGAUGUUGGAAGCUGCCUUGGCAUUGUCUGGGCUGGUACAGGAGCAGAAUAACAUCACUUGGUCAAACACAGCAGAAUUAGACUCGUACAUUGGUAGACUCAAAGCUGCGACACAGAGGCUGGCUCGUGAGAACAAGCAGCUGGCACAGUGUCACCUCAUGGUGAAGGAACGAGUACUUCAACUAAUGAACACUGACCUCUUGAGGCACCAGCCCAAGUGGAAGGAGCUCUUGAAGGAGAUGAGAUCCAUAAUGCACCAGCUGGAUGAAAAGGGCUUCUCCGACCAGAAAUCUUGGUGUUCACACUGGGACCGCCAACUGUACAAGGCCCUGGAACAUCAGUACCAGCUGGGGAUUGAAGCCCUUAAUCAGCACCUUCCAGAGUUCAAAGUGGAAUUGACAUAUAGGCAACAGAGGCUGCAGUUCCGUCCUCCCAUGGAAGAAAUACGUAUGAAGUAUUAUGGGCAGUUGAAGCGGUUCCUCGCAAUCCCCCAUCACUUUAAGGGAGUAAGUGAAGUGAACGACCACCCAGUUUUCCCCAUUAUUGUCGACCGAAAUGCCCACCGCUUCACACAGCUAUUUCAGAGGGCAGAGGAGCUCUUUGAAAGGCUAGAAAAGGUCAAGGAACGCUUUGUUGACCUGUGUGCCCUGGGGUCAUGUGACAUUGAGCAGUUGGUAGGAAAGCACUGUCAAAUUGCAGAGGAUUGGGACAGGAACUUCCGAGCCUCUAAGGCCAAGGGCCAAGAAAUAGGCAAAUUGCCAAGCACGGAAGAAAAGAUUGACUGCUUCAGCAUCAGCUUCCAGCCAUUACGCGUUGAGCUGGAGAUCAUGAACAGACGAUACUGGGACAUACUGGUGCAGAGUCUACAUAAUGCUAUUAUUGAAGACAUCAAUGCCAUUGAAAAAUUUACAGCAAGUGCAAUAGAAGUUCUGAAAAAACAGCCGCAAACAGUCGAAGAAAUUGCAGAGGCCAGCAACAAGCACGCACAGUAUAUGGCAGAGACAGAGGAAAUGGUUGAACGUUUUAAUGAGGCUGAGAGCAAGAACAAGACCCUGGCCAGCUGGACAAAAGAGAGGGUGGAUCAAGUGUCUCGUGUCACAAUGCAGUGGGAUAACUACAAAACACUUAUGGAUAACCAUGAGCAGAUUGUUUCAAAGCAGAUCGAAGCUAUCAAAGCCAAUCUUCAAAGCCAAACCAACAAUUUCAAUAAUGAGGUUGAGGACUUUGGUCUUAGGUGGAAGCAGCUUCAACCAAAGGAGGACCAACUGGAGGGCGAUUCUGAGCGCAUACAGGCAGCCAUCACGCUUGUGCGUGAGAAGCGAUUCGAAUGGGAUCAGCUGAUGGAAACACGAGAUAGUAUCAGAAAAGACUAUGAGCACUUUGGGAUGGGAGAACCUUAUUUCCCCAUGAUUGACGAGAUUGAAGAAAGCUUGAAGCAGCACGAACAAGUAUGGGGUCUGUUUGAUGAGUUCAAUAGCAGCAUGGAGGAGUUUUCAAAGGAGGAAUGGAUUGUGUUCCGGAGCAAGACUUACCGUUUCGAGGAGUUUUUGUCCAACUGGAAUGACAAACUUCGUUCAUCGGGUGAAACCACAGUUGUAACUGUUCGGCUCAUACAUGAACUGGAAAAAUACAGAGCAAUGUUACCAGUAUUGAAGUAUGUCCGUGGAGAGGUGUUUUCUGAGAAGCACUGGAUAGAGAUGUAUAGUAUUCUUGGCAUACCGACCAAUGUCACCAUCGAUAAGCUCACUUUUGGACAUUUCUUGAAGGUCCGUGAUGAGAUGAUAAACCAGAAUGAUGUACUAAAGGAGAUGAAUGCUAAAGCUGCAGGAGAGGUUGUGAUCCGCCAAGCCCUUGGAGAGCUGGAUGUGUGGGAGGUGGAUGCACGGCUCACCCUUAUCCCCCACUCAGACUCCCGCAACAACGAGAUCAUGCUUAUCAAGGAAUGGAAGGAUGUCAUCAACAAGGUUGGUGACCAUCAGAGCCUUCUGCAGUCUCUCAAAGACUCGCCCUACUUUGGGGGAUUUGCAGAUCGGGCUCGCAUGUGGGAGCAGCGCCUAGCUGACCUGGAUGAAUAUCUAACCAAUUUGAAUCAGAUUCAGAGAAAGUGGGUGUACUUAGAGCCCAUCUUUGGAAGAGGUGCACUACCUAAUGAACAAGGAAGAUUUCGUAGAGUUGAUGAUGACUUCAAAGCAAUUAUGGCAGAUGUUGCAAGGGACAAUAAAGUGGUGUCACUCUGCAAAAUCAAUGGCAUGCGAAACACUCUUACAACACUUCUUGACCAGCUGGCUAGAUGCCAAAAGAGCCUUAAUGAGUACCUGGAAGAAAAGAGAUCAGCCUUCCCACGCUUCUACUUUAUUGGUGAUGACGAUCUGCUGGAGAUCUUGGGACAGGCCACGAACCCUGAAGUCAUUCAGGCCCAUUUGAAGAAACUAUUUGCUGGAAUCCACAAUGUAAGAUUUGAUGAAGAGAACUCCCACAUCAUAGCCAUGAGAAGCUUAGAAGGAGAAGAUGUACCACUCAAAAGGCCUGUUCAAAUAUCUAAUGAAGUUGAGGACUGGUUAUACCGUCUAAGUGAAGAGAUGAAGAUGACGCUCCGUCAGCUGCUGAGUGAAUGCCUGGAAGAAGCACGCAGUGAAGCAGGGAUGGACCCUCUCAGGUAUCCUUCUCAGAUCCUGUGUUUAGCUGACGCCAUCCUCUUUACCGAGCGCUGUGAAGAGUCAGUCAAGGAGGGCAGUCUAACAAGCUACCAGAAGGAACUUGAGGCAAAACUGGAAUCAUACACAGGGGUCGACCUUAGCUCGGAUGGCACCCCUGAGGGCAAGGCAGAUAGCCUUGUCUUAGAACUGAAGUUGAAAGCAUUGAUUCUGGAUACAAUUCACAACAUUGAUGUUGUUCAGAUCCUGUUGCAAGCCAACACCACGUCCUUGUCCGACUGGCCCUGGCAGAAACAGCUCCGAUUCUAUGUGGGUGAUGGUGGUUCAGCUUUCAUGCGGAUGGUUGAUGCCCAGUUUGAUUAUACAUAUGAGUACCAAGGCAAUGCACCGAAGUUGGUCCAUACUCCAUUGACUGAUAAAUGCUACUUGACAUUAACACAGGGAAUGCACAUGGGACUAGGUGGUAAUCCCUAUGGUCCAGCUGGAACAGGCAAGACAGAGUCAGUGAAAGCACUUGGGAACCUGUUUGGGCGGCAGGUUCUCGUUUUCAACUGUGAUGAGGGCAUUGAUGUGAAGAGCAUGGGCCGUAUAUUUGUUGGUUUGGUGAAGUGCGGUGCUUGGGGCUGCUUUGAUGAAUUUAACAGAUUGGAGGAGGCCGUGUUGUCAGCUGUUUCCAUGCAGAUCCAGACCAUCCAGGCAGCUUUGAAGUCACAAGCAUCCUCAACCAUGUUGCUAGAGAAAGAGGUUCCUGUUGAUCCAAACUCAGGGAUCUUUAUCACACUUAACCCAGCUGGCAAGGGCUAUGGUGGCCGACAAAAGCUACCAGACAAUCUGAAGCAGCUGUUCCGGCCUGUUGCAAUGUCCCGUCCUGACAACGAACUGAUUGCUGAAGUCAUCCUAUUUUCUGAGGGUUUCAAGGAAGCCAAGAGCUUAGGACGUAAACUGGUGGCCAUUUUCACAUUGUCCAAAGAGCUCCUGACACCACAGCAGCACUAUGAUUGGGGUCUGCGAGCCUUGAAAACAGUACUGAAGGGCUCGGGAAAUCUUCUGCAAUCAUACAGAAAAUCCUUGUCAGAUGAAGAAAAGGAAUCAGGGAUCAGCUUAACAGUUGAAUCAGAACUUGUGGUUCAAGCGCUGAGGCUUAACACGCUGUCAAAGCUAACCUUCUCGGACAGUUCAAGAUUUGAUGACUUGGUGAAAGACGUUUUCCCCGAUGUGAAAUUCAGGGGUGUAGGUUAUGAAGACCUAGCCAGUAUUCUCCAAGAAGUCUUUACUGAAAUGGGUCUAAUACCAAAUGACAGGCAAAUAAAGAAGGCACUAGAGCUAUAUGAACAGCUUCAGCAGCGUAUGGGGGUAGUGAUUGUAGGUCCUUCAGGGUCAGGAAAAACGACAUUAUGGCAAACUCUGCGUCAGGCUCUACUCAGGAUGGAACAACAGGUGAAGAAAUAUGUCAUGAACCCCAAGGCCAUGCCCAGACAGCAGCUUCUUGGACACAUUGAUCAUGACACAAGAGAAUGGUCAGAUGGUGUCUUGACAGCUUCUGCACGCCAGGUGGUGAAGGAACCCACGGAAGUUACUUCGUGGAUCAUCUGUGAUGGAGACAUUGAUCCUGAGUGGAUUGAAUCACUCAACUCUGUGUUGGAUGACAAUCGACUGCUAACUAUGCCAUCUGGUGAGAGAAUUCAGUUUGGACCUAAUGUAAAUUUCCUCUUUGAAACCCAUGAUCUUUCGUCUGCAUCACCGGCCACAAUCUCUCGGAUGGGCAUGAUAUUCUUAAGUGAUGAAGAUACCAACAUCCAGGCAGUCGUCAGUGCAUGGCUUUCCUCACAGGAAGAAAGCACUAGGAAAUACCUUGAACCUUAUAUUGAAGAACACUUUUUCAAGGCACUUGAGUGGGUGCUGCGUGCAGGAGAAGCCCAAGUGGAGACAACAUUAGUUGGAUGGGUCUUGAAUGGCCUCUCCCAUCUGCCUGGGGUAACAAGUAAAGUACACUUUGCCUUGGCUCUGGUAAGAGGUCUAGGUGGCAAUCUUCCUGAAAGCAUCAGAGCAGAUUUUGCACGUGAGGUCUACUCAUGGGUUGGUGAACAUAUUCCUGACCAACGAAAACCUUUGAAUAUUUAUUAUGAUUCUGCUCGAGACCGCCUAGAAUCUUACUCAUCAGAAUCCGUAGAAAAUAUUGCAUCUGAUACAGCAGAAAUGCCCCUGAUCUUGACAUCAGAUGCAUUAUGCUCUCUGGAUUACUUCAGUCCUUGGCUUGAGAUGGAGACACAACAACCAUUCAUCUUGGUUGGGCCUGAAGGAUGUGGAAAAAGUUUGCUACUUCAUCAUUGCUUCUCAAAACUGAGGAGCACACAAGCAACAAUGAUCCAUUGUAGUGCAUAUACAGCUCCUCAACAUAUCCUACAGAAACUUGCUCAGAUGUGCAUGGUGAUAUCCACCAACACUGGACGUGUAUACCGUCCGAAGGAUUGUGAGAGGCUGAUUGUAUACUUGAAGGACCUGAACCUCCCAAAGCCAGAUAAAUGGGGCACAUGCCAGUUGAUUACAUUUUUACAGCAGGUUGUGACAUAUAAUGGAUUUUAUGACCAAAACUUGGAAUGGGUUGGGCUGGAAGGAGUGCAGAUUGUAGCAUCAAUGACAAGCGGUUCGGCAUUAGGACGGCAUAAACUUUCGACUCGCUUCACAUCCAUUGUUAGGAUUGCAUCCAUUGGGUACCCUGAACGUGACCAGUUAGUGAAUGUGUAUGCAGCAUACUUGCGUUCAGUGUUGAAUGAGGUGGCUCCAGACCAUAAGGUCUGGGGAUCACAAACCAAAGUACAGCAACUAGCCACAUCCAUGGUCAAUGUUUAUCAUAAUUUGCGUGAUGCCUUCAGUGUAGAUGACUACAGCCAUUAUCUUUUUACGCCUCGGGACUUAACGCGAUGGGUCCUUGGGCUGUUGCGAUACAAGAUAGAUGCAGAAGAUGAAGCACUUCAGCCAUUGCUUGAAGUAUGGUUAUAUGAGGCUUGCAGAAUGUUCCGUGAUAAGCUCGCAGAAGAUGAGGAUAUUCAGAAAUUUGACGCACUGCUACUAUCAACGUUACAUUCAGAUUGGGGCGUUGAUCUAAGGGAGCACAUAACUGGUUCAUACUAUGUGACUUCAGGCGCUGGUGUUGUUGCUCCAGGAGCUCCACUGCCUAUCCAUGGUUACAAGUUGGGUUUCAUGAACAAUGAGGAUUGGACACAUGUGGUUGAGCGAGCUGUAUUGCAGUUCAGCCGUGAGAAACUAGAACUAGAUCUGCUCAUUUUCCCCGAGGUCCUGGAAUCGAUGGCUCGAGUAGAUCGUGUUUUGACAUCACCUGGAGGAUCACUUCUCAUGGCUGGCAGGUCUGGGGUUGGGCGCAGGACAGCAGUAUCAGUCAUUGCAUAUCUCCAUGGCAUCAAAGUUGUUUCUCCUGCCAUGACAUUAGGAUAUGACAUUAAAAAUUUCAAGAAUGAUUUGAAGCAGGUGAUGCAGGCAGCAGGUGUAGAUGGUGAGCAAGUACUCCUCCUUCUAGAAGAUCAUAAUUUGGUGUCAUCAGCCAUUUUGGAAGUUAUCAAUUCCCUCCUGAUGGCUGGCGAGAUUCCUGGUCUCUACACAUCAGAAGAAUUGGAUCCUCUCCUUAUGCCAUUGAGGGAUGAAGCGGCACAUGAAGGAUUUAGAGGAUCUCAGUAUGCCUACUUUGCAUCAAGAGUGAGGAAGAACCUACAUAUUGCUUUAAUUAUGGACUCCAGCAACCAGGACUUUACCCUCCAGUGUGAGAGUAAUCCAGCUCUGUACAAGCAGUGUGCUGUUUUAUGGAUGGAUGGAUGGUCCAGGGAAACUAUGGUGCAGAUCCCCAGCAUGUUGCUCAAAGAGAGUGAGUUGGAUUCAAAAGACUCUGUAGAAUUCCAGCAGACCUUCCUUGCCAUUCAUGAAAGCCUUCCUCUACACCUCUCAACACCUCGAAGGUAUCUAGUUCUACUCAACACCUAUCGCUCCAUUUACACCACCAAGAAGGAAGGGGUCCUGCACCGACAGGGCCACUUGAAGGCUGGUGUGGCCAAACUAAAUGAAGCUCAAGAAGUUGUGAGUAAGCUGAAGGCUGAAGCAACAGAACAGGAAGUUAGGCUCGCUGAGAAGCAGGAGGAAGCCAACCGUGCGCUCCAGCUGAUCACAAACACUAUGAAGAAUGCAAACGAUCAGAAAGUCCAGAUGGAGAGCCUGAAGGAGCAGACACUCAAGGAAAACCAGAUCAUUGCUGAAAGAAAAAAGGCCAUUGACGUGGAACUGGCUGAGAUAGAGCCUUUAGUUAGAGAGGCAAAAGAAGCUGUCGGAAACAUUAAAUCGGAGGCAUUGACUGAAAUUAGGUCCCUGAGAGCACCACCUGAAGUGAUCAGGGACAUUUUGGAGGGUGUUCUACGGCUCAUGGGAAUCCAGGACACGUCAUGGAACUCUAUGAAGACCUUCCUGGCCAAGAGGGGUGUCAAAGAGGAGAUAAGAAAUUAUGAUCCAAGAAGCGUUGCCCCAGAAUCACGAAAGGCAGUUGAAAAGCUCCUACGAGAGCGCGCAGAUUCAUUUGAUCCAGUAGUUGCCAAGAGAGCUUCUACAGCAGCUGUGCCCUUGACGGCUUGGGUGAAAGCUAAUGUCAAGUUUUCAUAUGUUCUUGAGAAGGUGAAGCCCUUGGAACAGGAGCAGAAUAAAUUGGAGAGGAACCUGACCAGAGCAGAGGCACAGAUAGGAGAACUGUCAGCUGGCUUGGAUGAAGUCGACAAGGAAGUGGCAGUUUUGCGUGAGAAACUGAAUCGCUCAACAAAAGAGGCAGUGGAAGUUGAGUUCCACCUGAAUAAGGCCAAGGAAACCAUGUCAGCUGCUGAGAGUCUUGUCACCAAACUUGAAGGGGAAUAUAAACGAUGGAGUCAGCAAGUAUCAGAGUUGGAUUCAGAUGUGCAGGAUCUUCCAAGAGAGGCUGUACUAGCAGCUGCGUUCAUCACGUACCUCAGCGAAGCCCCAGAGGAUACACGCAAGGCAACUCUCAUGCACUGGAGUAAAAUGCUUCAUGUUGAAGACUUUGAUCUAAGAAAUUCAUGUAAUAAAGAGCUUAAAUUAACUUAUCCAUCGUCAGGGGUUUUGCCAGUAAGAGGGUUGAAACAGUUUGCAGUGCGAAAUUCAGUAGGGUUUGCUCCUUCGGCAUCUCUCACAGCUCUCCAUUUAGAGAAUGCCUCAGUGAUCUCCAGGCAUGAGGAUAUGGGCUUAAUGAAAGACAUGUGGGAAAUGAAGAAGAAUGUGGAAAAAACAGGACAUGAGAAACUAAGUGAGCUUCAAAAUCAUGAGUGCUAUUGUGCAAAGAUUUUGUUUAUUAUCUCCAUAUCAGAAAAGUACCACAUAUUUGCCUCUGAGCUAAAAGGGACUUCACUGAAUCUAUACUACAUCAGUACUUAUAUUCUGACCCUAGAUCAGAGACCUCUUUUAGAGUUUGCUUUCAUUAACAUUUACAGAAAUGAGAUUCUGUAUCUCUUCAGUUCUUUUGAAAUUCUUAAAAGAAUACAGCUUGAACUUGAUGCAGAAUUAAGUGAUGGUUUUAUGAUAUCUGCCUCACCUGGUAUUCCUAGUGCAAUGACACCUUUCCUGAUUGACCCGUCAUCACGUGCGACGACCUGGCUGAGCGAACACCUGAAGGAUAGAACUGUUGAAAUCACCACUCAGCAGGACCCAAAGUUUGCUACCAAUUUAGAAUUGGCUGUCAGGUUUGGCAAAACUCUCAUCAUUCAAGAAGUAGACAAAGUUGAUCCAAUCCUGUUUCCCUUGCUGAGGGGAGACCUCAUCAGUCAAGGUCCUCGCUUUGUCAUUGAACUUGGGGACAAGACUUUAGACUUCAACGAGAACUUCCGCCUGUUCUUGGCCACACGAAUUCCUAACCCAGAAUUGCCACCAAAUGUUAUGUCGAUCCUCACAACAGUCAAUUUCACAACAACGAGAGCAGGCUUGACAGGACAGCUCCUUGCAGCCACACUUCAGGUUGAGAAACCAGAAUUAGAAGUACGCCGAACUGAACUUUUGCGGCAAGAGGAAGACCUGAAGGUGCAGCUUGUGAACUUGGAAGACCAUCUGCUCACAACUCUGGCUGAGUCUCAGGGCAAUAUCCUAGAAAAUAAGGUCCUGAUAGCCUCCCUGGAAAAGUCAAAAUCCAGUGCAGCAACGAUUGAGACUUCACUCAAAGAAUCAAUGUCUCUGCAAGAAUCUCUCGAGAAUGAGAGGAAAGCCUACCUUACUCUGGCGCAGUCUGCAGCCAACCUGUACUUCGUCAUCUCUGAUCUCUCCAAACUUAAUAACAUGUAUCAGUUCAGCCUCAAUUCUUUCCACGCUUUGUUCCACAAAGCUCUACAAACGCCACAGGAUGGAAGUGCCACAGAAAACCGCAUUAAGGUGCUUCAAAGAGCCCUGAUAGACCUUGUUUACAGCUACAUCAGUCGUUCACUCUUCAAGGCAGAUCGACUAAUGUUUGGCCUCCACCUUGUUCAUGGGAUGUACCCUGAACAGUUCCAGAAAAAUGAAUGGCAAGCAUUUACAGGACAGCUGGUAACUGAUGUAAAAGCCGAUGCUUCAGAGCUAAAGGAAGCUCUGCCAAACUGGAUUGACGAGGAGAGAGCUUUUGCUGUGGCCCUUUUGAGGCAAACUUUCCCUGCCUUGUAUGACAUGCUGAACCUAGAUGACAUGUCAAUGUGGUCAGGUUUCUCCAACUCGAACCACUGUGAGCUCGACUUUCCUGUUCAGCUCAACCAGAAGCUAUCUCCAUUCCAACAGCUGCUCGUUAUUCAGGCCAUCAGGCCAGACCGACUACAAUCUUCAAUGGUCAACUUCGUGACAAGAGCUUUGGGAAUGAAGGAGCUGUCCCCACCAGCGCUAAAUCUGAGACGUCUCCUGUCAGAGACGGUGGCUACAGAGCCUAUACUUAUCAUCAUAUCUGCUGGUGCUGAUCCAUCUCAGGAGCUCUUGGACCUUGUGAAAAGUACAGUGGGGUCUAAUGCUUAUCAUGAGGUAGCAAUGGGUCAAGGGCAGAGUGAAAUAGCGGUCAGACUUCUCCAUGAAUGCGCAAAAGCUGGGCAUUGGCUGUGUUUGAAGAACCUGCACUUGGUCACUGCUUGGCUGCCAACACUUGAAAAAGAACUGAACAAUCUUCACCCCCACGACAACUUCCGCCUCUGGCUGACAGCAGAACCCCACCUCAAGUUCACUCCUAUUCUGUUGCAGACAAGCUUGAAAGUUACCUAUGAGGCCCCUGCAGGGUUAAAGAAGAACCUCCAGCGUACAUAUGACUCAUGGAACCCAGAACUGAUUGCACGUGAUAAUAACGUGAAUCGUGCACAGACGCUCUUUGUGCUGGCUUGGUUCCAUGCCAUUGUUCAGGAACGCAGAACUUACAUACCCCAAGGAUGGUCCAAGUUCUAUGAGUUUUCAUAUGCAGAUCUGAAGGCCGGAGUUGAUAUUAUUGAUAGGCUAUAUAAACAAGCAGGAACUGGUGACAUCAAGUGGAAUUUCAUCUAUGGACUGUUUGAGAAUGCAAUCUAUGGUGGCCGCAUAGACAACAUUUGGGACAUUCGAGUGUUGAAUGCUUAUCUUCGCAUCUUCUUCAACAAUGAUGUGGUAGGAGGCCGAAAGCCAUCUGCUGACCAACUUGUCAAGAGUCUCGCUCUACCCACAACUGUAAAUUAUCAGGAUUACACGAGCCUCAUUAGAAAUCUGUCAGAUGAUGACGACCCAAGUUAUUUUGGCCUCCCAGCGAACAUUGAGAGAUCAUGGCAGCGCAUAGUUAGCUCACAAGUCAUUUCUCAGCUGAAAGUUCUCAUGAGAUCUCCCGAACUUGCUGGGAGGUUUGACCGUGAGAAGUGGCACACACAGCUGUCACCUGUGCUAAAUUUGUGGAAAAAGUUAAACCAGGGUGGUAACCUAAUACAAGCCAAAGUUGCGACACCAAGUUCCACAGCAGAGUCACCAGUCAAGUCCUUUAUCCAGCUGGAGUACUAUUCAGUCAUCUCCAUCGUGCAGACUGUUCAUCGCUCACUGGCACAGCUCUCAAAAGUCAUCCGAGGAACACUUCUGCUCACCAGUGAUGUUCAAAAACUUGCAGAUUCCCUCCUCAGUCAAGAGACUCCAUCCAGCUGGCUGUCAUUAUGGGAAGGUCCAGAGGAUCCACUGGAGUACUUGCGCAGUCUUGUUAGACGGGCAAACGGAAUUGGGAAAUGGGUAGCCAAAAGCGAUCAAGGAAAUCUGCUCAAAGAACCUCUAGACCUAUCAGAUCUUCUUCACUCAGCCACUUUCCUGAAUGCUCUUAGGCAACAAACUGCAAGAGAAUACAGCACCUCAAUGGACAGUUUGGUUUUUGUUACAUCCUGGUCUCGUGGUGGAAUACCUGAUGCAAAGUUGACAAUGAAAUGGUCAGGGCUGCAAAUGGAAGGUGCAACAUUUGAUGGAUCUCGCCUACAACAUAAUGCUCAUGAUUCAACAAGCAUCUCUGUUGCUCCUCUCUGUGCUGUGGCUUGGGUGCCCAAGGAAGUGCAGAACCGAUUGUAUCAUGACGAACUACUCUCUGUGCCAGUCUACUCCUCAUCCAACAGGGAACAGGUGGUGGCAAGUGUAACCAUACCUUGUCCCAGUCCGCACUAUGAAUGGCAUCAAGCAGGUUUAGCUCUUUUCCUUUCCACUUAGAAAAAGUGUCAAUUAUUUGGAAGCAGUGAUUGUAUAUGAACAUCUAACAACAGCCACAAAGCAUAGUCAGUAAUAUUGUUUGUUUAAAUGUUGGUGCUAUUUCUUAGUUGCUUUGCAAAAUCACAUUUAAAUGUAUUUUGAUGAAUUGCUUUUAAAUAAAAGUAUACUUUUAAGAUUAAGCACAAGUGUUCUUUAAGUGCAAAGUGGACUUCAAUAUUAUGCUUAUGAUAUGUCUAGUCAUUACUUCACUAUUUUAUGUCUAUAAUGAAGUCUAGUCAGUAAUUACACAUGUGGCAUAUACCAAAAAUAGCCCCUCUAUAUGUGAUUCCCAUAUAUAUGCAACUUAUUUAACUGUAUUUAUUAUUUCCUCAUGCAAAUCAUUGGAAACAAUUGAAUUGUUAAAAUUAAAUAUUCGUUUCA